AUGAUCGGUUUUCUUAAACUUGUUGUCAUUGGGACUGUGCUUUUGGGAGUGGCUCAUGGAGCAAGUAUACCAACAACUGUAGCAACAGAAACCAAGUGUACUAGUCAGGAAGAGGCAGUUCGAGCAGUUCAAGCAUGUAUUAUGCGCCUGGGCAUAUUCUUACACCAACUUGAUGAGCUCCAUAUGAACAACAAGACAGAUUUGGCAGACUACAAGAAGGAAUGUCAAAGCAUUGUCAAGUGUAUUGACAAAAUUUCAUGCUUGGGAAUGAAGGAACCGAAAAACAAUGCGAUGAGGGCUGUCGAAUAACAUUGUGAUGCUAUUACGUACGUUGCCGAUGACUUUUCCAAAUGCAGUGAUAAAUUGAAUGAGAAAAAAUCAAUGUGUUUUGGCGACUGGCACCCAAUUCCAAACAAUAUUCAUUUGGAGAAAAAGGAAGGAAUGCUUAAAACAAUCAAAAGCGAAGUUUGCAAGACAUAUUUCGGAAAAGACGACUGAAUGAAGAAGGAAGUUUCGGAGACAUGUGGCAAGCAGGAAUGGGAUUCACUCAAAGAGAAAUUCAUCGGUUUCUCUUCCGGAUUUGUGGGCAAGUGCGACUUCAGCAGACUUGGAUAAAC